AUGGGCGCCGGUAUGGCGAGAGCCGUCGGAUCUGUCACGAGCCAUCAUCAAGUGGACAAUAACGAUAUCUACGCAUUCUGUCCGCUCGCGACUUCCGCGGGCGGCAUCCCCACGCCACGCUCCCAUAGAUUAAGCGAGUCAGGCCUCCCCGGGUCGCGCUCGUUCUCGUCUACGAUUGGUAUACCCGCGGCGCGGUCUACCGUGGAGCCUCUUAAACUCGGGCCACUUAUCUCCGCGGUCGCGAGCGGUAGCGAAGAGGAGAUUCGCGACGCGGUUUACUGCGUCAGGCGAGCGCUCAAGGGCUGCCCGGAAAACAAAGAAAGGCUGAUUCGGUCAGGAGGAAUACCUUUUCUGGUCAGUCUUAUGAAAGUUCCUGAUCCACUGACAGUGGAGCAUGCGGUCACGGCAAUUUUCAACAUCUGCCGGAUGGAAGCCGGGCAGAAGGAAAUUUUCUCUGAGGGGGGGUUGGAGGCGCUGGUGGACGUUCUCCGGGCAGAAGAAAACAACGAAGCUGCCCGGGAAAACGCGGCGGCGGCGAUUUUCUGCCUGGCGAACACGGAAGAGCGAAAGCAGGUGGUUACAGAGAGAGGGGCGUUGCAGCCGCUGGUGGGAUUGCUGCAGACUAGUAGUUUGAGAGGGCAGAGAGAUGCCAUACUCACCAUGUGGAGUUUGGUUAGGUUUCUCUGUGCGUGCGCUCUUUAUGGCUGCCCGAGUGAUACAGCACGGGGUGAUGCAACAGGAGCAUCAGUAGCCACAGCAGAAGUAGGAAGAGGAGCUGGGGAGGCGGAGGAGGAGAGAAGCAACGGUUCUGCAGUGGCAGCAGGUGAAUCAGGAAGCAGCAGAGGGGAGAGUGGGGAGGAAAGCAGGGAGUGUAAUAAGGAGGGCAAGGAGCAGGGCGGAGAGAGGUCUGAACCUGUGGAAAAGCCCCUCACCAUCGCUGCUUUCCUCGCCACUGGUGCUGUGCCCGUUCUCAUCGGGCUCUUACAAUCGUCGGAUCAAGGGCUGGAGGAGCGAUCAAUGGCCAUCCUUUCUCUCCUCUCCAAGUUCCCCGAAGGUCGACGGGCAAUCUGGGAAGCGAAUGGCGUGGAGGGGGUUUGUGAUGUGCUGGAGAUGUCGUCGCAGCGGGCUAAAGAGGAAGCAGUGGCAACGCUAUUACGAAUGGCUGGAAGUGACGCGGCGGUUAAGGCGGUUCUGGUUAGGGAAGGGGUGAUUCCGGCGCUGUAUAAGAUUCAUAAGGAGAGCGAGGGGAAUGCGAAGGUGAAGGCUCAGACUCUGCUUGACAUGCUACGGAGCAGCGGAAAGUGA